AUGGAAGAAGAUAAACCCACUUCCAAAUCAAAUUUAAUACAAACAAAAUUAACCAAUUUGGAUUCAUCAACACCUGGUGUAUCCCAAAAAUUGGCUGACAAAGUCAUUAUGAACUUUAUAAUAGAUACUGUUCAACCAUUAUCCUUGGUGGAUAAUGAUUCUUUUAUAAAGAUGAUAAACACUUUUUCUCCACGGACCAAGAUAUUUUGCCGGCAGACAUUGAUGGCAAGAAUUUUGGAGAGCUUUAAGGAAAUGAAAGAAUCUUUGAUAUUAAAUCUAUCAGAUGUCUCCUACGUCUGUACAACGGCAGAUUGCUGGACUCACAAUAGAAGAGCUUAUUUAGGAAUAACUGCACAUUGGAUUGAUCCUAAAAAUCUUAAACAAAAAUCUGUAGCGUUAGCUCUAAAGAGAAUAAUUGGCUGUCAGACUUAUGACAUUCUAGCCAAUAUUAUUGCAGAAAUCCAUAGGUCUUACAAAAUUCAAAACAAGGUUAUGCAAUAUGUUGCUGCCUCACUUAAAAUCUUAGAAGUGCAAGAUAAUAUGAGGAUGGGAUAUUAUGUGCCCACACUGAGUAUAUUAAUUACCAAGCUCAAAAGAAUCAAUAAUCUAAAAUUUUGCCAACCACUGGUAGAGUCUAUGCUAAAAGGCAUUGAGAAAAGAUUUCCAGAUCUGUAUGAUGAUGAUAAUGUAAUAGCUGCUAUCGUUCAUCCUAGUUUCAAGUUAGGCCAUACAUUAAUUUGA